UCUGCAUCUAUUGUUGACGUGACGAUUUACGACUUGAUCACGAUUAAAUCCUUUCUUCUACGGGCCUCUUUUAUUUCUACGAGAAUAGAAGUCUAACAACAGUUUUCCGGCCAUUUUCAAAGAUCGACUUUCCGUGCGCGCGACAGCACUCGAAAUCGAAAACACCCCCACCUCUUCUUCUUGACCCCCGACCGAAUACCUCACUCAGUUAAGCACUCGACAAUACCGCCAAUAUGUCGUUAACAAACUGCCGUUUUUACGAGGAGAAGUAUCCGGAGAUUGACAGCUUCGUCAUGGUCAAUGUCAAGCAGAUCGCCGAGAUGGGUGCCUAUGUUAAGCUUCUAGAGUACGAUGACAUCGACGGCAUGAUUCUGCUUUCUGAGCUCUCCCGAAGACGUAUUCGAUCUAUCCAGAAGCUCAUCCGAGUUGGUCGCAACGAGGUUGUCGUGGUGCUCCGUGUGGACAAAGAGAAGGGUUACAUCGAUCUUUCCAAGCGACGAGUCUCUCCCGAGGAUAUCGUCAAGUGUGAGGAGCGAUACAACAAGAGCAAGAUGGUCCACUCAGUCAUGAUCCAUCUUGCCAAGGCCACCGAGAUCCCCCUCGAGACCCUAUACCAGGCCAUUGCUUGGCCCCUGAACAAGAAAUUCGGCCAUGCUCUCGAUGCUUUCAAGCUCUCCAUCACCAACCCUGAAGUGUGGAACGAUAUCACCUUCCCCGACGAGGUCACCGCCCAGGAGCUGAAGACAUACAUCGGCAAGCGUCUCACACCCCAACCCACCAAGGUCCGAGCCGAUGUUGAGGUCACCUGCUUCGGCUACGACGGUAUCGAUGCUAUCAAGACCGCUCUGCACACAGCCGAGGCCAAGAACACUGAGGAGACUCAGGUCAAGGUCAGGCUGGUGUCCCCUCCUCUUUACGUCCUCAACAGCACGUGCUUGGAUAAGUCUCUUGGAAUCACUCGCUUGCAAGAGGCUAUUGUCGAUAUCCGAGCCAGCAUCGAAGCUGCAGGCGGACACUUGACAGUCAAGAUGGAGCCAAAGGCUGUCACUGAGAGUGAUGAUGCUGAGCUUCAGGCCUUGAUGGAGAAGCGUGAGCGCGAGAAUGCCGAGGUCAGCGGUGACGAGAGUAUGAGCGACAGCGACGAGAACAUCCCUGAGACUAUGUAGAGUGGAAUCUGUGGCCAGUCAAAAGCAGGCAGAUGCAGCCAUCGUCUAAGCUUAGGCUAUAAAAAUAAAUAGCCGAAAAGGCCUAGUCUAAAUAGCAUAAAAAUUAACCUACUAAUUUUAUCCCUUAUGCUUCUGUUGGUUGAUUUUUCUAAUACCGUAAGGAUAGUCUUGAUAUAGAAAUUAUACUGCUUUUACACUACCCUCAGCCAGUUCCGGUUCUCUCGGCCCAUUGAAUCAGCACACUUGGUAGGUCAAUACUCAUCUAUUACCUCUAUAGUAGCCUCAGAAGUAUGGGACAACUCCGUCAAGAUAUCCUCGCAUUAAUAUAAGACUCUGAAUGCCAAUAUUAUACAAAUCACAAUACUAAUAUGAAAUUCAAAGUAAUCCAUAAAAUGUCCAUAAGCAACGCCGUUUCAGACGCUUCGUCCGCUUAUUGGGAAAA